CUUCACUGACGCCACCGAGAAAGAUCUGUACCCAUCCAAAUGGCACAUACCCUCUACGUGGCAUCUCUCUUCCUUUUUCUGACUAAGGUCAGCACUGGCCAGAGAGUAGUCAGCGUUCAAAGAGGACCGCUGUACCGAGCCAGAGGCUACCCCGUCAGCAUCAGCUGCAACGUAACUGGCCACGAGGGGCCAUCUGAGCAGCACUUCCAGUGGUCCGUGUACCUGCCGACAGCCCCGGGCAGGGAAGUCCAAAUCGUUAGCACCCGGGAUGCCGGCUUCUCCUACACGGUGUAUGCACAGCGGGUUCGGAGCCGGGACAUCUACGUGGAGCGGGUGCAGGGCAACUCCGUCCUGUUCCACAUCUCCAAGCUCCAGAUGAAGGAUGCUGGCGAGUAUGAGUGUCACACCCCCAACACUGACAGCAAGUACCAUGGGAGCUACAGUGCGAGGGUGAACCUAACUGUUAUUCCAGAUACCCUCACCGCCACCUCGACUUCCCAGACGCUUAGUAAAAAGGAAGGUGACCCAUUAGAACUUACCUGCGAGGCAUCCAAAGCCACAGCUCAACAUACCCACCUCUCUGUCACCUGGUACCUGAUGCAGAAAGGAGGAAGCCAAGCCACUCAGAUUAUUUCUCUCUCCAAGGAUUUUACAUUGAUCCCUGGGCCCUCAUAUGCAGAGAGAUUUACAGCUAGUGAUGUGCGUCUGGACAAGCUUGGAGUCUCUACCUUCAGGCUGUCGGUGGGCAGGCUCCAGCCCUCAGAUGAAGGCCAGCUGUUUUGCGAGGCAACCGAAUGGAUCCAGGACCCAGAUGAAAGCUGGACUUUGAUCACGAGAAAACAGUCAGAUCAAACGACCCUGAGGAUCCAGCCAGCAGCAAAAGAUUUUGAAGUCAGCCUCACAGUUGAAAGCAUGUCUGAUGAAGGGAAACCACUAGAACUGUUCUGCCUUGUGGAGGGAAGUAGCUGGGACCUUCAGCUUCAAGGAUUUUGGUUCCUCAAUGGAUCUGAAAUUGCCCGGAUGGAUGCUGAUGGAGUCCUGAACCUGAAGAAGGACUACCAAGUCAGAUCAAGUCAAGGACAGCUCCAGGUGUCAAAGUUAAAACCUGAGGCUUUCUCUCUCAAGAUCUUCUCUGUGGGCCCAGAGGAUGCAGGUGCCUACAGUUGUGCAGUGGCAGAGGUGACUAGAACUCAGAGGGGCUCCUGGCAGGUACUUCAGAGAAAGCAGUCUCCGGUCAGCCAAGUGCACCUGCGGGAGCCAGCAGCAAGAAGUGUGGUCGUGUCUACCAAGCCGCAAGCUGUAUGGGAAGCAGACACGCUCACCCUUGUCUGCAAGGCAGGUGGGGCUGAAACUCCCCUGUCUGUGAGCUGGUGGUAUGUCCCACAGAACCAGACCAAGCCCAAGCUUGUGGCUAGCAUGGGACAGGAUGGCACUGUGCAGCUGGGUACCUCCUCUGGGGACCCUGGGUACCAUAGGAACACAAGGCUGGAGAAAGUGGAUUGGGCCACCUUCCGACUAGAGAUCACCUCCACCAUGGUCACAGACAGUGGCACAUAUGAGUGCAGAGUGUCUGAGAGGCUCUGGAAUGGAGCAACAGAUCGUCACUGGACUCAGAAGAUUCCGGUCACCAUAAAAUCUCUGAACUCAAGUUUACAAGUUAAUUUGAUGAGUCGCCAGCCACAAGUGAAGUUAAGCAACACCUUUGCACUGUCCUGCAUCAUCAGGGUUGGCUACCCUGACCUCAAGUUGCCCUUCACUGUGACAUGGUGGUUCCAGCCAGCCACGUCUCAAGUCUUUCAUCAGCUAGUUCGAAUCACCCAUAAUGGCUCUGUCGACUGGGGGGAUCUCCUGCCCCAGUUUCACAAGAAGACAAAGGUUUCACAGACAUCGUCUCAUUCUCAACUCCUAAUCCACGAUGCCGCUGAGGAUGACACGGGAGUGUAUCAGUGUGAAGUAAAAGUUUAUGACAGAAAUUCCUUAGGCACAAGUGACCUGGCCAGAGCUUCUUCCAUCUCUCACUCAUUGAAGAUAGACAUUUCCUUACCAGAAAGCAAGCUGAGAGUGAAAUCAAGCAGUCAAGCCCAAGAGAUCGCCAUCAACUCCAAUGCUGAUAUAAAAUGUACCAUCUUAUCCCGAUCCCCUGGAAACCUUCAGUUAGCUGUAAUUUGGUACUUUUCUCCAAUUUCCACUAAUGCAUCCUGGUUAAGGAUCCUGGAAAUGGACCAAACCAAUGUCAUAAAAUAUGGGGAUGAAUUUCACACCCCACAAAGGAAGCAAAAAUUUCAUCCUGAGAAAGUUUCCCCAGACUUGUUUCUGCUGCAUAUUCUGAGUGUGGAAGACAGUGAUCAAGGAAGAUAUCACUGUGCCGUGGAAGAAUGGUUCUUGUCUACAAGUGGCACCUGGCAGAAGAUUGGAGGACAGAGGUCAGGACUAACAGAACUGAAACUCAGGCCCACAGGAAGUAAGGUUCAUGUGUCCAAAGUGAACUGGACAGGAAUUGCUACUGAGCACCAAGAAGUCAGCAUCAACUGCAGCCUGCAAAGCUCAGGCAGCUCGGCUGCCCUGUACUCUGUGGCAUGGUACUGGAACAGAGAGACAGCUGGCAGUCAAAUGUUAGUGCACCUGCAGCAUGAUGGCUUGCUGGAGUACAGCAAAGAGGGGCGCAGGAGGCACCUGCACUGCUACCGCUCCUCCCCCACGAACUUUGUCCUGGAGCUGCAGCAGGUAGAGAUGGAGGACGCUGGAUUGUACUGGUGCAUGGUGGCAGAGUGGCAGCUGGAUGGCCACCCAGGCAAGUGGAUCAACAGGGCCUCGGAUGAGUCACAGCGUAUGGCACUCAGGGUGCUGCCUUCAGAGUCCACACUGCCUGCCAGGAUCUGCUCCUCAGCACUUUUAAUCCACUUCCUCGUCAUCUGCCCCCUCGUCAUGUUCACUCUUCUGCUCAUUUCCCUCUUCUGCUUGUGCUGGAAGGCCAGGAAGCUGUCAAAGUUAAGUCUCAGCACCCAGAAAGAAAAGGCUCUCUGGGUGAACAUGAAAGGGGCUGGAGGCUGGACAGCAGUCAGGAAGGAAGCCACAGAGGAAGAUGAAGUCAACUGACCCCUGGGAGGCACCUGCAUCCAGGGGAGGAGUGCCAUGGGACUUUUGCAUUCACUGGGCAGGGUGUGAACACACCCUGGGUCUGUCCUUCACUUGUCUGUGGCCUUAGGCAAGUUACCUAGGGAUCAGAAGGGACAUUUAAUGGGCACUUAGGUGGUGCCAGGCCCUUUUAAAUGCUUCUUUGUGUAUUGCCUCACCUACCCCUGGCAUCCUUCACGGGUAGAAAGUAUCCUUACUCUGGCUUUCAUGGUCCUCACCUCAUGGAGGUUUAGGUCCUCCUCUGUAAGGUGAGUAAGGCUUGCUUCUCAUGGUCUACAGGAUCCACGAAACCCUACAGUCAUGCCCUGCGGGCCUUCCCUUUCCUGACUCAGUUGCACUGGUUCCAGUAGUCUUUUUUCCUCUAGAUAAGAGGUGUAGCAAAUAGCCUGGUGUCACCAAAAUAAGAAGCUGAAACAUAGCUCAUUUACCUAGACUCUGCCUCACCCAGCCAGAACAUAACCUUCCCAAGAGGAAAUCCAGUUCUCUUCCCACUCUCGAGCUUAAGAGAUGUCUGAACAACACUGGUUCUUUGGCAAAAGGAUAAUGUUUUAUAGUCUGAGAUUUGGGGAUUUUUUGUUUGGUUUUGUGCCAUAAGACUUAGUAAGUCAUUGCUGAGGAAAUAGCUUAUGUGUUUGUGGGUUUUAGUUAUAACAUGUAGCCUUUAUUGGAUAUUGAUUCAAACAGAUUUUUAGUGUUUAUCAAUGGUUGGAAGAGGAAAUACCUUUUUUUUCUUUCAUGCAACAGUUAGCCCUCCAGGGUCUCUCAACUCUCUUUCCUCUGACCACCAAAAGGCCCAUCUGCUCCUGGUGUUUGACCAAUGCCUUGUUCCCCUUGACCCAAAGGGUCAUGUAGUAUUUGAAGGAGGGGUCAGCAGAGCCCCACCACUCCCAUGCUGGCAGAGCUAGGGCUCAAGGGAAUAACAGGUCAAGUCUAGUUCCUUAGGGUCCCCUAAUCUCAACCUGGGAAAUUCCAAGGAUAGGGGCAUCAUGUCUGAAGGCUUCCAAAAGCUGUCCCUCUGGUGUCCCCACUAGACCUGGGGUUCCCUCACCUUUGUUUCAAAAACUGCUUAGGUUCUGUUGUAGCCAGAAGUGUACAUUAAUCAAUGUCACCUAAUAAACUUAA